UCUGAGAUGAAAAUGUUUGGAGGUUUUGAAACUAUUGCUCUCAAACAGCAUUUUGGAAAGAAACUAAUGGAACUUGAGGAUGAAAAAAGAUCUGUACAGCUCGAAAGGGAUCGGUUAUUGGCUGAAGUUGAAAGCCUUGCAGAUGGCCAUUUACAGAAGUUCCCAGAUAUACACUCCCAGAAGUUAAAGUCACUUGAAGCUCAGAUACUGGAUCUCAAGAAGACACAAGAGAACCAGGUUCAGCUUGUAAAGCAAAAGCAAAGGAGUGAAGAAGCAGCAAAAAAACUGCAAGAAGAAAUUCAAUCAAUUAAGGCCCAAAAGGUGCAAUUGCAGCAUAGAAUAAAGCAAGAAGCAGAACAGUUUCGGCAGUGGAAGGCUUCACGAGAGAAGGAACUACUCCAG